GCACUCAAAACCCUGUCUGUGCUUGGUAUAUUAGGCAGCCAGUGCUCUUGGCUGGGAGCCCAGACGAGGCUUUUGUAAUCAAAACAUGAUCUUGUAUGCUGUGCAACCAGUGCUGAGAAAGGCCGUCUGAUGGCUCUCCUCUUUUAGCUCUGCUCUGGAAUCCGCCGGGCUUCGCCGCUGAUGUCCAACAUGCACCGAGCUGAUGCCACUGUGGAUGACGCAGUGUUAAGAAAGAAAGAGCAGAAAGAUGUUGAACUUGAUAAGAAAAUCUUGGCUUUGCGGAAAAAGAAUGAAGCGCUCAUACGAAGAUACCAGGAAAUAGAAGAGGACAAAAAGCGAGCUGAGCAGGAGGGAAUGGCUGUUACCUCCAGGAGACCCAAGCAGGAUGGACUCACUAUUACCAUCACCAAAGCUCAUAACGACCUGAAAGAUGCAAUUACCCAGACUGAACACUAUGGACAAGAUAGCCCAGCCCUCUCGAUGGACAAAAGGAUUGUGAGCGAGAAAUGGGGAAGCCCCUGUCCUACAAGCCCUGGGUUCGGCAUUGGCAGUGAGGAAGAAGAGGAGGAGGAGGAAGCAGAUCAUAUGUUCACAUUCAGGAUGGGGAAGAGAAUGCAGCUGGCUGUUACCAUGGACAACAAAGCCAAGGGCAAGCGGAUCGUCAGUGAGAAACGCAGCGAGUGCUUCCCUGGCCCAGGCAGAGUGCCAGACCUGAGUGAAGAAGAGACAGACCAUUUGGUGGCUUUCCGCCGGGGGAGAAGGAUGCAGAUUGCCAUCACCAUGGAUAACAAGGAAAAGGCAGAGGAGAGGAGAACAGCAGAGAAGAGGAGAUCAGACAGUGACAGAGGCCCAGAAAGUGAGCACGGCCGGAAGGAUGGUGGGAAGUCAGUCCAGAGGAGCCCCGGAGAUCUGAGUUUCCCCAUGACUGGACGGGAACGCUCAGAGUACAUACGCUGGAAGAGGGAGCGAGAUCAAAUUGACCUCGAGCGACUGGCACGUCACAAGAAUGCGAAGGGCGAGUGGCGACGGGCUUGGGAUGUGGAGAAGUCGGAGCACAUGUUUGAAGAGGACUUUGUUAAGGAUGGGGAGCCAGCCUUGGAUAAUCCCAGCAAUAAGAAAGGGGGAAGAAACGCAAGAAAAUUCCAGCACAGGUCCUUUCCUCCGGACGGGAGAGGUGGAGGACAGCAUGGAGUGAAUGUGAGCGAUCCUGGUCCGAAAGCGGUACCUGCUGUGAGCAGCCGAGCCAAAGGAAAGGACAGACUGACUGGCAGAGCCAGAAGAUGGGAUGCAAGAGAAGGCGAGGACAUGUCUUUUCUGAAGGAUGACCUUGACAGCCAGAGGAGCCUUGGUAUGGACAAGCGGAAGAGCAGAGGUGAGGAGUGGGUGGAAGAGAACUGCACAGCUGAGCUGGAGGAGAAGGUGAAACAGCCAAGCCCCCAAGAUCAUGGGGCCUCCUCGUCACAAAGGCUACGAAGUGGAAAGGUCCAGUCUGCCCACAACGGCCAGAAGGAGGAGCGGAGAGGAGUGAAGGGCUGCAGUAUGGAGGUGUCUGUGGCCAGCACGGGUGACUCAGAGCCAGGGCCUAAGCCAAGUAAGGAAGGCAUUGGGGAAGAUGCCGAUGGGAAGCCUGGCACUGCUGAUGUCUCCCAGGAGAAGGAGAGUGCUAACAGCACUGCUUCACAGAGCAGCCUUCCGAGCACUGUGCAAGCCACCAGGGAUGGUGGUGAGGAGACCGUGUCAUUGCCCGUGGGAGCGAAUUUAGAUGGAGCUGGCUUAGAGAAAAACACAGCUUCGGAACCAGAGUCCACUGAGGACUCUUCAAACAGCCACGGAGGAAAGCCAGACACAGCAGUAGGAGACAGACUGGACGCAGGUCAGGGACAACUGGUGAGCAAAAGAGGGGAGGAAGUGACCCAAAACACUGCUCUUCAGGGGCAAACACUCGCACUGAAAGGAGGUGAAGAUGCUGAAGGCACUGAACACAGAGGAGAGCCUUUGCCCCCAAGGAAUGCCAACUCUGACAAGACUGUUGUGUCUGAGCAGGACACAGCAAAAUCAGAGGCCAGGGAUGGGGACCAGCCUGAGGAUUGCAAGGACAAGGACAGUGGGGACACUCUCAACUAGCAAAGAUUGCACCGGCUUGCCUGAGACAGAAGGAUAACGUGCUGAAGGUGGUGGAUGAGAAGAGGAGCACAAGCUUGUCCUCACUCUUCAACCUUCUAUGAAAUCAGCUUUCAGCACCUGCCCUGCGCCCUUCAGCACCCAUUCACAACACAUGGGGACCCCCCCCCUCCCAGUUUCGGCAUCACCACCCUUUCCUAUCCGUAUGCCAAAGGACAGGGAAGGCUACAUGCACUCCCAACCUACUGAGAACACGUCACUUUUCUAUUUGUUUUGCCUAUAUUGCAGCUGUGUGGCAAGCCAAUGAAAUGUCUACUGGAUGCACUUUAUUUUAUUUAAUAACUAAUUCUGUUUAAAGUUAAGAUUUAGGUUUCUGGGCACCCCACCCACCUCCUCCUGCAGAGGCUGGCAGGGAGCUGCACAUGCCGGGAGGAUGGCAGGGGCUGUGCGAGCUCUCCCUCGCUGUCGGGCAGGGAGCAGAUGACCGACAGAGCACUAGGAGACAGGGUGAGGGGUGUUAUGUUGUAGUUCAGUAGGGGGAUGAAAAAAGUAGUGUUCAGAGCAGCUCUUGUACUAGAGGUUUGUAUGUGGUUGAAGUGUUGGCAGAGAUGUAUGGUAGUUGCAUGGGCCACGGGGCGCAAAGGGGAUGGAGCAUUCUUGAGUUACACUGUGGGGUGCUUGUGCCAGGCACGCACCAACCACAGCAUCUCGUCCUUGAAAGCUUGCUUUCCUCCUCCAGCUAGAUGUAGGAGGGUGCAAGCAGCAGAGGCUGAAUCAGCACACCAGGAGACUGAUUUUUUCUAAGGAAGGUGGCUGCUCAGUUGAGCAGGUACACACACAGCUCAGCAAAACCCCAUGCCCACUUCCUAAGACCAGGAAGGCUGCAGUAACUGGAGAUAUUUAGAGCUUCCCAUGCCACGCAGGGCAAGGAAGAGGACAGCACAAAUGCCAUAACCUUCCUCCUCCACCACGCUGCACAAAGGAGUUGGCAGCAGGACCCAGGCCAAAUUGGAGCUAAGGUCUAAGGCUUCCUGCCAAACGCUUUCAUCUUCCUGGUUGUGCCUUUCAUAGCCUUGUGCUUGAAUAAGGGGGCAGCAGUUCCCCUGGAUGCUGCCACGCAGACAUUUUGACCUGGCCUUAAAAGGCACCUUUCAAAUCGAGGAUCUGGAUGAGCAUUUGCAAGCAUAAAUGAGCAAGAAUGCCAGCUGCUUGGAAAUCCAAGCAGCUAAGAGAUUCACAGCAAACUAGGACCUAGGUGAAAUAUGGCUACUAAUUAAGGAGAAGGCAGAAGGCAGGCACAAGGAAUAACACAUAGUUUCUGACUUCUGAAUGACAGAGCAGAGAGAAUAUUGCCCUCAUUUUGAAGUGCUGCUCUAAAACUUGAUGCAGGAGUAAACGUACAUGCAGACACACGUGUGGAGAUUUACUGGAUUUCAUUGCAGGAUGCAUUUGCUAACCAAAAUGGCAGACUGCCUUGGUGGUAAGGUUGGCAUGUGUGGACUGAAAUACUGUACACUGUUUUAAUAAACUAAUAUUUGCACAGAUAAGCAUUUUGGUUUUCCACGUAACUUAGAUCCACAGUACCUAUCUCAUGAAGGACAAGCCUGGGAAUUUCCUCUACGUGCCAAAUUCAGGAGAGUGUACUGGCUUCAGACCAGGCAUUAGUGAGAAACAGAGUGUGCAGCUUUGAUGUUUUAGGAGUAGAAACAUCUGCACCCCACCAAAGCCCAGACUGGGUUUAUUUGGACUUAUCCAACAGAUAAGAGAUAGGUAAAAGCCAGAUUAUAAAACUGCUCCAGGUCCUGGAGAUUCUCUGUCACUGUUAAAGGCUGAUUUUUCUUAUCUGACUGGCUCAAUAACCUGCUUACAAUUGCUUAAUUUUUUAAUUUAUUAUUAUUUUUUACAUCAGGGCACUGACCUCAAUCUUGGUCCGGCCAGAGUGAGUCAUUACCAGCAUGUACCAGAAACUGGUUUGCCUCACGUCCAUGCAAAAAACAGUCUUGGAUCAAGAGCAGUCGGGCACACAGCCAGGUAGAUGGAAACUUUUACAUUGCCCCUGGUCCAGCACUUAGUUGUAGGGAUAAAAAACCCAACUGCAAUUAUUGCUCUAUCUUAUGGCCCUAGACUCCUUUUUGAAAGGAAACAUGACACUUUUCCCCCCAUUCCCUCCUCCUUUUUCUCCUGCAAAUCCAAGUAACUUUGCAGUUACUGAUGCCUAGGAAGGACUGAGUCUGUACCAGCUCCAGGGAUGGGACUGUACAGAUAGUGCCUGUUCUCAGUGUAAUUUUUUUCCUGCUCAUUAACACUUGGCUCGAAUGCACUUUGGUUGGUGCCUGGAUUGCAAUUUUUUAAGAGAACUGCAGCUAGCUGUUUUGUCUUUACAGUGAGAGAAAAGACUGAAAAGUUGAAAAAUCUGAUGUAGAGGGAUUAUUUAUAUGAAAUAAAA